AUGACUGGUUUGUCAGUGCUUUUUUUUCUAGCAGGAUCUCAUAUAUUUGACUUUAAUAUGGCAUUUCUGGACUGGCUGCCAUUUGGUGAUUUUGAUAAACAUACUGAAGAAAAAAAGAACCAAACCGACCCACUUAUUUCUCACAUGUACGUCAUGAUGAUGUUUUCAUUUCAACAGAUCCAAGAGGAAAAAAACCAAGAAUUGGUCAUCCAGUUUCUCCAGCAGGUGAUGGGUGAUCUCUUCCUCCUUGCAGAUAUUCCCAGUUACACACUUAAUACUGUGUGUGUAACAGGAAAGUCCUUUCUGACCCUGGCUAAGGCAGCAGGUUGGCUCUUGGCUGUAAUGUGUUCAUCACUUUAUUCUCAAUUCCUCCAAAGCCCAGACACUGUCUUCUCUAUUGUGUACAUAUUGUGUUCAUUGUCAUUGGAAAAAAAAAAAACCAACACAAACCACCCAAACCUAUUUACAAUCCUAUUUUCCUCAUUCCUGAAACCUCCUAACCCGGUUGACUUGUUGGAGUGCAUUUCAUGCAUUCUUAGCAGAUAGGCUGAAGGAAACGCCUAGUUCAGUCACAGCUAGAGGCUAGAAAGCGUGCGGGGAGUUCAUGAACGCCGCUCGUCUCCUGCAGUCACCACUGUGUGCGUGUAGCUGUCGGGGGGAAGGACUGCACACCGCUGGGCACAGCAUGACCACCCCACCUGCAGGACGCCUCACCCAUGUGCCACAGCUCGUCACAGUGAGUUAAGGUAUAAGGAUUUGAUUAUUUCGAUGUAUCUUUGCUGCCGUUCUCGAGUGCUUCUUAAUUUGAGAGAUACUUAGUGAAGGAUGGUGUCUGCUUGCUGGGCUAUUUGCUUAACGCUUGGGAAGCUGGAAAUCUUUUGGGUUUUAAGACUGGUUUAGGCAGCAUGAAACAGAGAAUAAGGAGUUCCCUAUCUAAAGACACAGUGAUGGGAAAUCAAUAGUACAAGCAAGGACUGGAACUGUGAAAAACAAAGUUGGCACCUGCAGUGAGCAGUCAACAACUGCAUCUCCUAAGCAUGUUUACUAUGCAUCCUCAUCUACGGAAGGGCAAAUAACCUUGACAAUUAUUUGCACUGUUAUGCCAUGAUCCACCCAUUCUGAGAGCAACGUAGGGUUGGUUGGGUCAGUUUUGUCCCAGCUUUAUUUUGGCAGCACUCUGUGGCAGGCAGAUAGGAAGGAUUUCUGCUUUCUUCUUUUUUCCUUUUUUUUUUUUUUUUCUUUUCUUUUUUGCAGAAUUCUUGCUGUGGAAGACAAGAAUGGGAAGUUCAGGGGCUGCUGCUUAUUGAAAAUGGAGGAAACGAGGAAGCUUUCUCCAAAGCCUUAUAAGAGCAAAGAGCUUGUGAAAACCGAAUGGGGAGCUCGGAGUGUCGUCUUUACGUAUUUCCAAGGGGAUAUUAACAGUGUGGUGGAUGAACAUUUCUCGAGAGCUCUGAGCAAUGCCAGGAACCCACAAGACCUGAGCACAAAGCACAAGAGCGAGGCUGUCAUCCCGAAGCACGAUAGCGUGUCUCCUCACCAGUGGAAUUUCUCCUCACAUUGCUCCAAACCAUAUCCAUCAUCUUCCUCUACCAGCAUGUCCAACUCUGCUCUGAAUUUCCCUGCUGUUGCUAUGGCAGGGCAGUACCAGCCAGCAGCUCUGCGUACUCAUCCUGCACCACCUGCAGACCUUUGGCCCUUCCCUUCCCUUGGCACUCCCAGUCUCACCAGCCCUGUGUAUCAUCACACCGUGCCCGACCUGCACGUGGUGGAUGAACCCAUCUCCGACAGGAAAUACGGUUCCCUUCUUGGUCUUCUGCAACAGGAACGGUGCCUGAUGUCCAUGCAGGAAUGUGCUGUGAAGCAACACUCAAGUUCUACUUGUAUGACUGGACCUGCUAGAUUACAAAAUAUAAGCCAAAGUUCAGUUCCUGGGGGAGAGAGGAAAGCCAGCUCUUACCAAGGCUCAGAGAACCCCAGUGCAAGCCACGCCACUGCAGGUAUUCAGAUUCACGACAGAAGAAGAGAUUUGUACUUUUAGCCACGGGACAUUUCUACUUUAUUCCAACAAAGCUCUUGCUGUGAACUCUUCCUAUUUGCCACUGUGAAUCGAGAAGAAAUGAACUGCAGCUGUUCCCUGCUUUGUCUCUCAGAUGGAAGAACUGUAUUUGCUGUGUUAGGAAUGAAAAAUUGCUCUUUCUGUUCAGUAAAUAUUUCUAAUAGUUGUGGCACCCAA